AUGUCGGGCGUUCUGGAUGCGCCACCUGGCGUUGAGGCAGACUUCAGUGGUGAACGGUCGGAUCUUCAGAAGAGAAUCGUCGUGGUAUAUGCAGUCAUGACGAUACUUUCCACCUUCGUGCUCGGAUUGCGAUUGUAUACGCGCAUAUUCAUCCGCCGUAUGACCGGCUUGGACGAUGCGCUGGUGGUACUCAGCUGGUGCGGCUGCGUCGCAUGGAUGGUCAUCUGUUUCCGAAGUGAGUCUGCCCCUCUGCUUACUCUGAGUACGCAACUGACCUCGAAUGUAGCGUUCCAGUAUGGCUUCGGUCAACACAUGUGGAAUGUGACUAUACAGCAAAUGUUGGGCUAUACGAAGAUGCUCGUCGGUAUCAUGGUGGUGUAUGUCUGGACUCCAGCUCUAGCUAAACUCUCGUUAUUAGCUCUGUACUACCGACUCAAUCCAGAUCAGAAAGUCCAAGCAGCCAUCUACGCAUUGGCAGUCCUGGUCACUGGAUACUCCGUGGCCAUCACCAUAGUCGCCGCCGGACCCUGCAAUCCGCGGACCCAUACAGACCAGAAGUGCCUUACAGACCUCAACCUGUUUAUGGCCUGUAUAAACAUAAUCACAGACUUCUUGAUCCUGUGCCUGCCGAUACCGAUGUUGCGCGCCCUGCAACUACCUGUUAAACAAAAGAUAUUACUGGGCUUCGUGUUCGCUCUGGGAUCUGGUGUCGUCGUCAUAUCAACCGUCCGCAUCAUCUACGUCUACAGUAUGAUUAGCGAUCCCGACGCAACUUACAACGUGGCCAAGGCAUGCAUCUUCUCCACGGUCGAGCUCAACGGCGGAGUCAUUUGCGCAUGCGUUGCGCUAUUGAAGCCUUUCAUACAGAAGUACAUGCCCUGGAUACUGGCCCUUUCGAGUGGAAGCGGAAGCGGAGAUGGAUCCAGGAUUCGCAAGUUGAAGAUGUUUGUGAAACGGAGCGGGGAGAAGAGUUAUGAACUACAAAGUGCAGACGCAGAUACAGAUGCGACUAAGCAUGCUGAUGAUAGGCCGGAUCAUCGUAUUGCCGUCACCAAGUCAUACAGCGUUCAAGGCUCGAAGACUGGGAAAAGUGAUGGUGACAGCAUGGAAGACCUUUUCGCGCCUAAUGCGGGCUGGAAUGGUGGUCGGUAG